AUGUCAUUACAACUGAUGGUUUGGACAGCAGUUCUCAAGCCAUUAAACAAUAUUCAAAAGAACUUUCAAUACAAAAAUACUGAUCGGGAGUCGGCGGCCAACGAUCGGGAUGAAGUCAUAAUACCUGUACUGUCGGCACAGCCCUAUCAUAACCCGGAUGUUCCCUACUUUGAAGGCGCCCCCAAUUACCCACACGUCCAGCUGCACGCCUACGACGAGGACUCUGAACGUGUUGUCCCAAACGCCAGGCCUCCAUACAGACAGGAUGGAGGGGACAGACGUAUGGCCAGUGAAGAGCCCGACUAUUACUACGACCCGAUUCCCCAAUACAAUGAACAGUCAGACCAGAGACAACCCGAGGGAAAGCCUAAAAAGUUAUAUAAAGCUAUCGAAAGGGUUUACUUCUACCCUCAGGACGAGUCAAACCACGAGCCGACCAAAAACAAGGACGCCAUGAAUCUGAUGAAGAAGGAGUUUAUGCCCGACACAUAUGAGCCCUAUUACAACGAAGACGAUCCCAACGAUCGCGUCGACCCUCACGAAGAAAUGCAUGAUUUUCAACGAAAAGAUCACAAACAGAUGGAUAGAAAUCCUCCCAAUAAUGAUAAUGAGCCACGAGUUGAGCCAAAUAAUGAAGAGUUUUAUGACGCGGAACAGGACGACAGGAUGCAAAAGAGUAUCUCAGAUGACGUCAAAGACUUUGGCACAGAAGCGAUCGAUGAGACGAAGAGAUUUGACAAAUUUCUGGACAAUUUGAGAAAUUUCGAGGCAAACAGUGAGAAGGAGUACUCGUCUCCCAAUGAAAGAGAAGAUCAAAAUAUCGAGAACAGCGAAGAGCUCGAUAUGAAGGACAUCAACGAAGGAACUAAUUUCGGUGACCGAAUAGAACUGAAUCCCACGUAUUCCGAGUCUUUGGCCGCACAGACAGCCGAUGACGACAGGACUAAAGAGUACGACAGAGGGGGCAGUGAUUACGGAAAUGCCGACGAAUACGACGCGGAGAGGAAGUCGUAUGAAAAUAAUCAAAGAGAACAACAAAGAGAUGAUCAGCGAAGAGAUGGAAACCAAAGAGCCGGACGAGAGGGCCAUCGGUAUCACAAAGACAGGCGAAGACCGCGAAAACCAGUUGUGAAUCCGGACGAAAAUUAUGAACAGCGCAACCAUGAAGUGAGCGAUCGCGGGCCAUCGCCUUAUUUGUCAAACAUUGAUCUAUACAUCGAUGGCAAACAUAUCACGACAGUUCAGGGCGACGGACUCAUCGUCUCGACGCCCACCGGGAGUACCGCUUACGCUGUAGCGGCCGGAGCCUCAAUGAUCCACCCGAGCGUACCCGCCAUUAUGGUUACACCCAUUUGCCCGCACUCUCUAUCAUUCCGUCCGAUCGUAGUUCCCGCAGGAGUUGAGCUCAAGAUAUGUGUGUCGCCCGACUCACGCAACUCGGCGUGGGUUUCGUUUGAUGGCCGCAAUCGGCAAGAGAUACAACUCGGGGACAGUCUGCGAGUGACGACCUCUAUAUUCCCGGUGCCGUCCAUCUGUGCCGAGGAUCAGAUCAGCGAUUGGUUCGACUCAUUGGCCGAAUGUCUUCACUGGAAUGUCCGCCGAAAGCAAAGACAGUUUGACGAGUACUCGGAUUUAUUGCACUCUUCGAGCAAUGAUUCUCUCGAUAAACAGCAUUUCGAUGGCAUUGAAAGUUGAGAUCACUUUUGGUUCCAAAAACUUUUCAUCAAAUAUGUGUUGACUUUUUAUUUUUAUUUGUCGACUUAUUGAUUCAUUUUUAUAUAAAUAACUUAUAAUAACUAUUAAUGCAAUCAUUUUAU